AGCUCGGACUUCGGCGAUGAGAGACAGAAAUGGAAAAAGAAGAAAAGGAGCAGCAGCCGGGACCGGCACCAUAAGGACCGGAGGAAACAGCGCUCACGGUCCCGGGGCCGCUCCUCCGACUCCAGCCCGGAGCGCGGGCGGGACAGGGCAGCGCGGAGCCGAGAGCGGCGCCGCAGGAGGGAUGGAUCCAAGUCCUCCGUGUCUUCCGUCAGCUCCCCCUCCCCGCCACGGCCCCGGGGCCGGGAGGAGCCGGGGCAGCAGCUGAGCCUGCAGGAGCGGCUGAGGCUGAGGGAGGAGAAGAAGAAACAGGCGGCUCUGCUAAAGGCCCUGGAGACACCCGAGGAGAAGCGAGCACGGAGGUUGGCCAAGAAGGAGGCCAAGGAGAGAAAGAAGCGGGAGAAGAUGGGCUGGGGUGAGGAGUAUAUGGGUUACACCAACACUGACAAUCCCUUCGGGGACAACAAUCUGCUGGGCACAUUCAUCUGGAGCAAGGCACUGGAAAAGAAAGGGAUCAGCCAUCUGGACGAGAAGGAUCUGAAGGAGAGGAACAAGCGAAUCCAGGAGGACAAUCGCCUGGAGCUGCAGAAGGUGAAGCAGCUGCGUCUGGAGCGGGAGCGGGAAAAAGCCAUGCGGGAGCAGGAGCUGGAGAUGCUGCAGCGGGAGAAAGAGGCAGAACACUUCAAAACCUGGGAGGAGCAGGAGGACAACUUUCACUUGCAACAGGCCAAGCUGCGGUCUAAGAUCCGGAUUCGGGAUGGGAGGGCAAAACCCAUUGAUCUUCUGGCCAAGUACAUCAGCGCAGAGGAUGAUGACCUGGCCGUGGAGAUGCAUGAGCCCUACACCUUCCUAAAUGGCUUGACUGUCUCUGACAUGGAGGACCUGGUGGAGGACAUCCAGGUAUACAUGGAACUGGAGCAAGGGAAGAACGUGGACUUCUGGAGGGACAUGACCAUCAUCACGGAGGAUGAGAUAGCCAAGCUUCGCAAGCUGGAGGCUUCUGGGAAAGGGGGACCAGGGGAGCGUCGUGAUGGUGUCAACGCCUCGGUCAGCUCAGAUGUGCAGUCCGUGUUCAAGGGGAAGACAUACAACCAGCUGCAAGCUCUGUACCAGGGUAUUGAGAGCAAGAUCCGGGCAGGAGGGCCCAACCUGGACAUUGGGUACUGGGAGAGUCUUCUGCAGCAGCUGAAGGCUUACAUGGCUCGGGCCAGGUUGCGGGAGCGGCACCAGGACGUGCUGCGUCAGAAGCUGUACAAGCUGAAGCAGGAGCAGGGUGUGGAGAGUGAACCGCUCUUCCCCAUCAUCAAGCAGGAGCCAGCUUCCCCCAGUGACAGGCUGGAUGCCGAGGAGAGCCUUGAGGCACAGCCAGGGCCAUCCUCAGAGCCAGAGGCAGAGCAGGAUGCAGAGGCCAAGGGAGAUGCAGAGGGGGAGGCUGUGCUGAUGGAGGAGGAUCUGAUCCAGCAGAGCCUGGAUGACUACGACGCGGGCAGGUACAGCCCCCGGCUGUUGGGCCCCAACGAGUUGCCCUUUGAUGCCCACGUUCUGGAGGCCGAGGAGGACACGCACCGGCUGCUGCUCCUGCGCCAGCAGCUCCAGGUGACAGGUGAUGCUUCUGAGAGCACCGAUGACAUCUUCUUCCGUAAGGCCAAGGAGGGCAUGGGCGCGGACGAGGCGCAGUUCAGCGUGGAGAUGCCACUCACAGGCAAGGCCUAUCUGUGGGCUGACAAGUACCGGCCACGCAAGCCCCGCUUCUUCAACCGUGUGCACACAGGCUUUGAGUGGAACAAGUACAACCAGACCCACUAUGACUUUGACAACCCCCCUCCCAAGAUCGUGCAGGGCUAUAAGUUCAACAUCUUCUACCCCGAUCUCAUUGACAAGCGCUCGACGCCCGAGUACUUCCUGGAAGCCUGCCAGGACAACAAGGACUUCGCCAUCCUGCGCUUCCAUGCCGGGCCACCCUAUGAGGACAUCGCCUUCAAGAUCGUCAAUAGGGAGUGGGAGUAUUCCCACCGGCAUGGCUUCCGCUGCCAGUUUGCCAAUGGCAUCUUCCAGCUCUGGUUCCACUUCAAGCGUUACCGUUACCGCCGGUGAGGGGCUGCUCAGCGCCUUCAGACCCCGUCAGGGGUGGGCAGGGGUCUCAUCCCACAGCACAGACACUGUUCCAUGGAUGUCCCCAAGGCCUGGCCCAGCACUGGGCGUGUUCCUGAGGCUUUUCUCUGUCCUUGCAUUUAUCAUGAAGAACCCUGAGACUUUGGUAUAAAUAAAAAAGGGUUGUUUUAGCCAUG